UGAAAAUAUGUGGCGAGCUUUUUGUGUGCCGGAAUCGAAGCACUGGCCAGUUGUAUGUGUCGUGGAAAAGUUUCGCUAGUUUUGUAGCGCAAUUGAUCUGUCUGAUAAUGCUUGUAGUUGGUGGAUAUUUUGCUCAGCGGUCAUAUGGCAAGGAGGACGCAACCUAUCUUCAUCGUGGCACCAGUAUACUGAUAAGAUUUUCGGGAGUGUUUGCUGUAGUAAUUGCCAUCAGUAAUGCAAUCGUUGGAAGAAGAAUCUGGGCAAUCCUAGAUUGCUUCGAUAGGUUUGACAAACGUAUGCAGAUACUUAACGCCCCUGUCGAUCAUCGCACACAGAAGUUGGUAAUCGUGGCGUGGACUUUGAUGUUUGUCGUAGGUGUUUCGAGUUUUAUGCUGGGAUUUGUGUUUGCAAUCUCUACAAAUUAUUCAAACAUGCUGCUGCGGAUUGUCACUAUAACGCAAAUAAUAAUUUUCGUAAUGGUUAUCGUAUCGAUUCUAUGCCAAAUCGUGAUAGUAAUGUAUUUGGGCAGCUAUAGGUUUUAUCACCUACGCCGUUUCUAUGAAGUGAAUUUUCUUCCAUGGAAGACUGGCUCCAUUUUGCUGAGUGAAUUGACAACUGUUAAUCAGUUUCGGCGUCUUGCGGACUCUACUUCAUUCAACACUGUGAUGGAGUUGUACGGUACACUGCGAGAAGCUGUGCGCCUCAUGCAUAGAGCGUACUCAGUACAGCUGCUUAGUAUGACUGUUUCAAAUUUUCCGACUCCUACAUUGGCAUUGUUUGGGAUGUAUCGUUCAUUUAUGACGUCAAACUAUGACAUGCAGAACUUGAUUAUUACCAUGGCUGCAUCGAGCAUGAUGUAUUUGAUGGCCUACUUUUUGCUGAUCUUUCUUUCCACUAGUAUCAAGUAUGAGACUCAACGACUGAUUGAAUGUUUUCAUCAUUUUACGAACCUUAACAAUGUUGAAUUCGAAAGCAUGAUCAAGGUUAGCGCUGAUGAAGUAAACCGCGACAAUGUAGCACUUCAUGUGGGACCAGUGGAACUGAACUGGAAGCUAGCCUUUUCUAUGAUUGGCACUAUAAUUUCCUAUCUAGUAAUUCUGAUUCAAUUCGAUCGUAGCAGUGCGGGAUAGUUUGAUUUGGUAGAAGUCGAAAACACGGCCAGGAGGAAGGGUGAAGGUGGAAACUCAUGGUAUAAUU